GGGCCUCCGAUUCCACUCCCACACCAAGCAAGCUCCAGCUCCAAACAAACUCCAAGUUCUGGAGCUCACUAGAAGAAAAAAAUCAUCGUCGUCAGCUUCGCCACGGUUCUAGCCUUUCUCUAUCAUACAAUCCCUGUGCGAUUCCUCUUCCCAACCAAAAGUUGUUGUUGAGCAAGAGGCAAACAAUUCCUCUCCAACUACCUUACCUAGUCGCUUUUUUUCCUCCUUCACCGGCUUCUUUUCUAUCCGUGCGGUUCGUGCCAUAAAGAUUUAUAUUACAGACGUCAUGCUACGAUAGUUUACUUUGCUGGUUCUACGAUUCUUCUUACGCCGAGCUAUUCUACUCUGACAUUACUACUCCCUCUGGCGCAUUGCAGCAAAACGACCGCCAAGAUGAUGAGAUUAUACCUCCUACCGCUCUCGACGCGGCGAACUCUCCUCUAUGCGAAACGGCUCGAAGCAAAUACUGCGCCACAAGGCAGAACAUAUGUUGACAAGGGCACUGCAUGGGCGGCCAAGACGUGGGCGCAAUGGGAGAAGAUGGAGUCUGGGUGGAAGCGCAAGGUCGUCGAUUACGGUAACUACGCUUUUCGUCGCAUCCCAUAUGAGGAAUGGGGUCUCAAGUCUGUACCGCCUCUGUCGGUGAGACGCCGUGGGAAGGAGAUUGAGAUGAAGGAAAAGGUCGACUUGUGCUUCCCGAGCUCGGUGAUACCGCCGAAUAAGGCGGAGGGUAUUCUCAAGACUCUUGCGACGGAGCGUCAGGCGCUGCACAAAAAGAGGCUUGUGUGGUGUAUUGUCGGCAUGCCGAUUACUAUUCCAUUUGCGCUCGUACCCAUCAUCCCUAACCUGCCCUUCUUCUACCUCGUCUACAGAGCAUGGUCACACGGCAGAGCCAUCUCAGGUGGAAAGCAUCUCCAAUGGCUGCUGGAGAACAAGCUCCUACGCCUAGCUCCAUCUGAGAAGCUCGAUCAGCUCUACGCACUACACGCCCCACCAGCCGAGGAGCCGGACAAUAAGGAGCGUACCCUUCUUACACAAAAGGAAGUUCAGACUUUCUCAGACACUCUUGACAUGCCGGCUCUUGAAGUGGAGCUCGAGAGGGCUAUAUGGCAGGUCGAGCAAGCCGUUCAAGACCCAGAUAGUCAGAGCCCACCUAAAGAGAGUUCACCUGGUGCGGUAGCCGAGAAACCAGGGUCCACUGAAACGGUGGAUAAGAAAGAUCAAUGAGCAAGAAGAUGAUGAACUAGUUACGCAUGAGUUUUCGUUAUGUUGGACGAUGUAUGAUACCUAUGUACUGAGGCUUUAGUGUAUUUUGGUACGGAUAAAGAAACGGUUGGAAGUAUUUGUAUUUGUAUUAGACUGGUGUGAAUACCUAGGAAAAGGCAAAGGUGAAGGCAAGGGUAAAGGAGAAACAGGCGUAAGUACGCGGGUAUAUCUAUAGAAAAGGUCCUCUCCCCAACGCGCCGCGCCUAACAAAUGUUGGCGUAGUAGUACAAUCCCAAUUAUCAUAAAAUUCAUGGCUUUUCGUUCAUCUUGGCCCUUGGGCGUAAGUCAUAAUGUCUCAGCUGCUCUGAGCAUAUCGCGGACCUUGAGAGCGGGGAGAAGCCCGACGAGGCCCAUGGCCAACACCAUGCGUCUUGUCCUGAGACAUGUGAGAUCGGGAAGACGGAUGUUGCUGGCGAUUCGGUGGGCAUCGGAGAGUGAGAAGUUGAGGCCGAGGUUCUUGAGAGCGGGCAUUGAAUACAGGCAAUUCUGGAUCAUUGUUAGAUGAGAUUCUUGGUGAGAUGAGAUACACUGAAGAAUAACUUACUCGGCUCUUUGGUGGUGCUUUAUAUCCCAUGACAGCAGCUUCAGCA